UUUCUAUACCGCGUGGGUGCGGUGUACCAGGGAUUUCUCAUCUGUCCGUCUAUAUCCGCGCGCGGAGACGCCCACCUUCCCGUCCAAGCCCCUUCCACCUAAAACCCCUCUUCCCUUCUUAUCUCAUUUCCAAACCCCCAACCCUCUUUCGCAUUUUCUCUUCUCUUCGCAGAACAAAGACCGAAAAAGGCGUCUCCUUUGAGCUUCGAGAUGUGUGGUGGUGCGAUCAUCUCUGACUUCAUGCUACCACCGACGGCCUCCCGCCGGCUCACCGCCGACUACCGCUGGCCGGGCCUCAAGAAGGGCGGCGGCCGAAAGAAGAAAGGCCGGAAGCAUGAGGUCGUGGAGUUCGACGAUGAUUUCGAGGCCGACUUCGAGGACUUCAAGGACGAGUCCGAGGAAGACGAGGAGGAGGUCGACGUCAAGCCUUUUGCCUUCGCCUCCAAGGCCACCUUCUCUCGAGGCUCAACUACUCCUAAAUCAGUAGAAUUCAAUGGGUCUGCAGCUAGAUCAGCAAAAAGGAAGAGAAAGAAUCAAUACAGAGGAAUCCGCCAGCGUCCAUGGGGCAAGUGGGCAGCUGAAAUCAGAGAUCCCCGCAAGGGGGUUCGUGUCUGGCUUGGAACGUUCAACACUGCCGAAGAGGCUGCAAGAGCUUAUGAUGUUGAAGCUCGUCGUAUCCGGGGCAAGAAAGCUAAAGUGAACUUCCCUGAAGCAUCUGCGAGUGCCCAAAAACAAAACCAGAAACCAACUUUGCAAGCACCAAAACCAGCAUUGUCAGAGGAACAGAAGUUGAAUGACCAAGAUUAUGAUUUAUAUUCUACUAUGGAUCACAUGGAAGUGAAGGAGCCGGCAGACCCUGAGUACAUGAAUUCCCUUCCCUCGGUGGAGUCCUCUCCACCUCCUGAGGGCACUGGGAUUUUGAAUUUUCUCUCUGAUCAGGGAAGCAACACUGUUGAUUAUUCAGAUCUUGGAUGGGAACAUGAAACCAAGAAUCCCGAGAUCACAUCAGUUCUUGCUCCUACUAUAACUGAGGGUGAUGAAUCCAGAUUCCUGGAGCAUGGUAGUCCCCAGAAGAACCUGAAAAUCACAUCUGAUGAUGCAGUACAAACAGAGGAAAACUCUGCAAUGAAACUUUCUGAGGAGCUUUCUGCCUCUGAAUCACAUAUGAAGUUCCUGAUCCCUUAUCUUGAGUGGAGCGCAUAUGAGUCAGUUGACAGCCUCUUCAGCUGUGAAGUGGAUCAGGAUGGACUGAGCACUAUGGAUCUUUGGAGUUUUGAUGACCUGCCCACAGAGAGCAUUUACUGAGGGAUAUUGGUUUUCUGUUAAUAAAGAUAAUGAACUGAUGUCAUUGAAGGAUGUGGAGGACCAGAAAUGUUGGUCUGCUGCAAUCAAUUGAAUUGAAUUAUGGUUAACAAAAGUACCCUUAGGUAUAAUAAUUUUGAGUUUUAAAACUGUUGCCUUGUGAAGCCUCUCUGCUUUUUGAGUACUUGGAUUUGAAUGUUUUGUUUGAUGACAUAAUGGGCAUCUCUUGGGGACUGAUUGAAUGCUUCUUUUGUUGUAUAUGUGCCUCUUGAUGCUAUGGUAGAUUGUGCACUUGGUGGGGCCUGUGCAUUUGUCCCAUGCUUGAUUCCCCCCGAUAGUUUUCUCAUAGGUUGGGCUGAUUAUUAAGUCAUAAAGAUGGCAGAGAGAUGGCUGCGUCAGAGCUGCUGUUUUAUUGGGUGUGGUGGAUGAUGGAAAUUUGAAUGACAAUUUCAAGACACAGAGAAAUGCUAAUGAAAGGUGGUCCCUCCGGUAGCUCUGGGUCUGGUUGGUGUCAAUUCAGAACCAAUGAUCUGUGUUUGUUAAACGCAAGGAAUUGACGCAUGUUGUUGUUGGUGUUGUGAAUAGCUCGGGCAAAUCCAAAUGGUUUUCUAGACUUGCAAGGUUGGCCAACCAUGGGGGAAAGUUGUUCGGCCUAAAAUAUUGGGGAGUGAAGGAGAAGAGAAGGAAACAAGACAAAAUCCCACUUCUUUGGCUUGUGACGUCGACAUCAUGUCUUCUGGAUCCGGAAGACAUGGAACUCUAAGUUGCGUGUUUUUGUCCUCUGCAAUCCACUAGGAGAUGUGCUUGGUAAUUCACCAGCAUCGAUUGCCAGUUUGGUGAAGUGUGAUUAGAUGUGGUGUAGAUGUGUUUAACUCCAUGGUGGCGAGGGGUAAUUUUGCUGCAUGGUUGAUUCGCAAGGCCAAACAUUCGGAAAUUGUCAUCUUUGAUUAGUCAUUUUCAAUGCUUGACGCACGACAAGUUAUUUGUUGUUUCCUUUCUUUAUGACAUGAGUGCCAAGCUUCCACGCAAAUGUAGGUUAAAUGCAUUGAUGGGGUACCAAAUCUAUAUGUAACGUGGUUGUACAACGCAUGACAUUAUGACUCAAUGAGUCGAUCGGUUUGAUAUACAGAUACUUGACCAGUUGUU